CGCGCGACGCCUCACCCUCUGUGUGAUCUGCAGUUAAUCUUUUCUUUUCUUUUCUUUUUUCCUAUUUGGAUGUCAGACGCAUCAAUGAAGAUAUUUUAUUUGGAGUCUACCUUGUAGGAACGGAUUUCCCAAUGUGAACUCAGCUUAAAAGCCGCCACUAAAGCAACAUGUCUCGCCGCAAGCAAGGCAAACCCCAGCACUUGAGCAAACGGGAGUUUUCGCCUGAACCGCUGUCAGGUGUUUUACCAGAAGAAGACUCUCAGUACUCCCCUAGGCUGGGUUUGGCUCAGGGUGAGCCCCUAAAAGGGGACCAGGACCUGCUGACCUGCGGCCAGUGCCACUCCCGCUUCCCCCUGGCUGACAUCCUGCUGUUCAUCGAACACAAACGGAGGCAGUGCCACGGGAGCCUCUGUAUGGACAAACCUCUGGACAGGCCUCCGUCCUCCCCGCUCGCCUCGCCCCUCUCCACGUCCUCAUCGCACUUGCGGACCCACCAUCAGCACCCUCGUAGGGCGCGACACUCUGUGGAGGUGGCCGCUCAGGCGUCGCCGCGGGAUGAGGAUUGUUUAUCUGCACCCUUGCAAGGAAUAAUCCCAAAGCAGGAGAAUAUCACAGAUAAAGAUGAGCCCAGCAGCUACACCUGCACCUCCUGCAAGCAGCCCUUCACCAGUGCCUGGUUCCUGCUCCAGCAUGCCCAGAACACCCACGGCUUCCGCAUAUAUCUUGAGAGCGAACCUUGCAGCCCCAUCACCCCCCGCGUGGCUGCAGCUCCUGGGAUGGGGGGGGACUGUGCCUCCUCCCAGCCUCCCCUCCAUGCUGUUCACUUGGCUGAUGGCAGUCCUUACAGCCUCCUGAGGAUGCCGGGCUCUGGCUCUGGCCGGGAGUCGGCGUCCACACCUCGCGAGGGCCGUUACCCCCGAACCCCACCGCUGUUCAGCCCGCCGCCACGCCACCACCUCAGCCCCGAUGACCUGGCCCUUGCAACCCACCAUCCUAACGCCUUUGACAGGGUGAUGAGGCUCAACUCAGUGCCAUUAGAAGCCCCUCCAAUGGACUUCUCGAGACGUCUACGUGAGCUGGCUGGGAAUGCCAACGGGGCUUCCCCUCCUCUGUCCCCUAACAGGCCCAGCCCUAUGCAACGGCUGCUGCAGCCAUUCCAGCCAGGUUCAAAGGCUCCAUUUUCAGCAACGCCUCCCCUUUCCACCUCUCAGUCACCUUCUGGCUCACGCUCCACCCCCAAUCCCAUCUCCAACACGGCCCAACCAGGCACACCUCUCAAGGCAAAGUCUUGCGAGUUCUGUGGGAAGACCUUCAAGUUCCAGAGCAACCUAAUUGUCCACCGGCGUAGCCACACGGGCGAAAAGCCAUUCAAAUGUCACCUCUGUAACCACGCCUGCACCCAGGCCAGCAAACUGAAACGACACAUGAAGACGCACUGUCAGAGCAAGUCUUCGGCUCUCAAUGCCAAGUCAGAAGACGGCCUCUCGACUGCGAGUUCUCCCGAACCUGGCACCAGUGAUCUGAUGGGGAGCGCCACCGAUGCUCUCAAGUCAGUGGUGGCCAAGUUCAAGAGUGAGAGCAAUGGUCUGAGGCGUGAAAAUGGCGAAGAAGAGGAGGAGGAGGAGGAGGAAGAGGAGGAAGAAGAGGAGGAAGAAGAGGAAGAGGAAGAAGAGGAAGAAGAAGAGGAGGAGGGAGAGGAGGAGGAAAUUGAGUCUAAACCUGGAGUCGAAGAAGAAGAUGGAAGGAAUGACUAUCGUUUCAGCCUGCGGCUAGAAGGGGCUCGCCACCACCAGAACAGUGACGCCCUGCACCCACACCGCCGGAGAUUGUCCCGGGAACCCGGCGACGAAGAUUCAGCCCUAAAGUCAGACCGAGCAGAUGAUGGAACCAUCACUACCAUCAAUGGCCUGGGCCCUAUAUCGACUGACAGCCUGUCCAGGAAGAUGCUGAGUGGAAGGGUCAGCCCUGGCUCCCUCAGUCCCCUGACCAAGCGCAUUAAGGUGGAGAAGGACCUUGAUCCCCCCACGCCCACUAUCCCAAACACAGAGAACGUGUACUCCCAGUGGCUAGCCGGCUACGCUGCCUCACGACAACUCAAGGACCCAUUCAUCAACUUCACAGGUGGGGACUCCAGACAAUCGCCAUUCGCCUCCUCAUCUGAGCACUCGUCGGAAAACGGCAGUCUGCGCUUCUCCACUCCGCCCGGCGAGCUUGACGGGGAGCGGGCAGCUUCGGGACGCAGCGGCACCGGCAGCGGGGCCAGCACUCCCCACGGCAGCAGUGGGAAUUGCAGGCCGAGCUCCAAGGAUGGCCGCCGCAGUGACACCUGCGAGUACUGCGGCAAGGUGUUCAAGAACUGCAGCAACUUGACAGUGCACCGACGCAGCCACACUGGAGAGCGGCCCUACAAGUGUGAGCUGUGCAGCUAUGCGUGUGCCCAGAGCUCAAAGCUCACCCGCCACAUGAAGACCCACGGACAGAUGGGCAAGGACGUGUACAAAUGUGAAAUCUGCCACAUGCCUUUCAGUGUAUACAGCACUCUGGAGAAACACAUGAAGAAGUGGCACAGCGACCGCCCUCUGUCUAAUGACAUUAAGACUGAGUAGGCAAAGAGCAGCAUGCUGGCAGCUCUCUCUCAGCUCCCCUGGCUAACAAGCGACCCUAGCUAACUAGCCAAUAAGUGAGGGGAAAGGACAACAGGGUUAGACACUAGUACACGGUACAGCUCUGUUAUCAUCCCCGACUGGAAAACGCUGAAUGCAUGAUCCAUCAUUUGGGGCAAUACUAUUGCAUCAAACGCAAAACUUUUUGAGCCUUUCUAUUGUGCAAUAAUUUACACGUUUUGUAUUUUUUGUAACUGGACAGCAUGCUCGGUGUGUUUUGGCUACUUAGAGAGAAAAUUAUCCUCGGCUGGUGGGUUUGGUUCUACAUGUGUUGCUGUUGAUACUUUUGAUUUCUUCAACAUAAAAAAAAAGUUAGUUAUGAGAACCCAUGCUGCAUACAGUACAAUACAUACUGUUUUACAUAUCAUGUACAGUUUUGUGUUCUAACAUAGUGGACAGUGUCAUAUUAUCAAAACAUCAAGACAAGCAGGGUCACACUUAAAACUGAUCUUUGUGAAAGA